AUGAUCUUUAAAAGAACAAAUCCUUCUAAACCCAAAACUAAUUUAAAAAUCCGAAAAAAAAGAACUCCAAGUGGGUUUAUACUUUAUAAAAACAGAAACAAACUAAACCCUCGUGUUGCCAGUGAAUUAUAUAAAAAGGAAAGCGAUGAUGUCAUUACAAAUUUUGAAAGACAAGCGGAGAUGAUGCGAUUCGGGACUACAUCAAACUUUAUUAACCUGGAUGCAUUAAACUUUAUUAACCUGGAUGCAAAAUGUUUUAAAAAUACAUCAGAUGCAAAAUUUUUUGAAAAUUCAUCUGAACAAAUUGACGAUACGUGCACAACUGUUUCAACCGCUAAUGAGCCAAAAACGAGUCUGCCCUCCAGUUUUAAUAACGUUACCGACGAUCCAGGGUCACAAUCAAUCAUUUCAAAUAUCUUGUGGGAUAAUUAA